AUGAUUGGCGUUUGGUUCUCUUCUGCGGCCCAAGCCGUGAACUCAGGCUGUCUGGAACUGAAGUUAUCAUUGAAGAAACAAUCAAAGAUAGUCGAAGCACUGGUCGGACGCAUGCUUCUUCGAGCCGUUAAUCGACCAUACAAUCGACUCAACUCGAUCGCCUUCAUCCUGACACAUUUACUCAAACAUCAAGAACACUUCUACCGUAUCAUCGCGAAGUCCUUCUACUGGUCGGAAAUAACAACCAAAGACCUCGAGUACAUGUUGUCAUCAUUCAGCAUGGAGACGAUGCAGUACAGAGACGGUCGGAUGAUCAUACUACUUGCCCUGAUCCACUCCUUCAUCCAACAUGCAUGUUAUGAUAGCCUGGAUUAUCUCUGCAACUUUAUUCAGCAGAAUCUGGCACCCAAAGUAGUCAACGAAACCGGACUUAUAUACUUCCUUCGUAUCUUGGCAGUAUACUUGAGCAAGGUUCAUGGAGAAGAAAGCAAAACGGAAUUGAGCAAAGCCUACCUACACCUUAUCAUACCAUCUGUGACAUGA